AUGCAGGACAGGAAGGUCCUGGCGGAACCGCUCGCGGAGCUGGAGACGGACAGCGCGGAUCCAAGGGAGAAAGACAGAAGGGACCUCCCCCUUGCUGCACAAGGGGAAGACCGUGGUGUAACACGAGUAGUCAACCUCCCCUCUGGACCGCUCCACCCCGACCGCCACCACUGCCGCCGCCACCACUCCCACUGCUGCCACCACCGCCGCCACCACUCCCACCGCUACCACCACCGCCGCCACCGACGCCUCAACUCCCACCACCACUUCCACCACCACCACCGCCACCACCACCCACCUCCACCGCCUCCACCACCGCCUCCACCGCCGCCACCCCCACCACUCUUGCCUCCCUUGCCCUUGCCGCUGCGGCGCCUCCCACUAGGAGCAGAAGCAGCACGAAGGAAGUCAACAGCAGCAGCAGAAGCGACAGAGGGGGCAAGGGGGGAGGGGGAACACCCCUCAAAGAAGGGAGUGAGAGGAGUGCCAUGA